AUGGGGAGAGGGAGUGAAUGGUCUCAGCGCGAGGACAAAAAGCUGAAGCGGCUUAGGGAGCAGGAUUCAGACAUGAGUCUACGGGGAUUUAGUAAAGUACGUUGGCAACCUGUACAUGUUUUUCUGACCUCAAGCGGGUGGUGGUGGUUUGAGAUCCCACAAGCUGCAAGCCCAAAAUAUCAGGAUGAAUUUCCAGGACGAAGCCCGAUUGCGAUAAGGUGCCGGGCUAGAGCGCUUGAAGUGAAAAAGCGUCUCGGACAUUCCCAUAUGACGAGAAGUGGUGCCAGCACCAACCCAAAUCAGAGUUGUUCUGGACUUGCUACUGGUGGAAGCGACGAUCGAAUUGCCGGACAAAAUGGAAAUGGCGUCCCAAUUUGGCAACCGGGCCAAACUCCACCGGAGAGGACACCAUCCACCGACACCGACCACGAGGAUCUGAGUGAUGUCGGUCUCUCGCUUGCACUUCACGACGACGAGCAAAUGUUUGGGUCCAACGAGGGGACUGAUGUGGCAAAGGGAGCAGACAACGAGCAAAGCUCUGGCCUUCAACCUCAGCACUCUACUCCGGAGGCCGGUAUCUCAGCACAGAAUGCUACAUUGCAAUCUCUGGCAUUGCCAGCAGCUGCCCAGCGCAGUACCAUCGUGCUGGGGACCGUCACCCAGGAGCUGGCUCGACUCAAUGAACGCCCAAGCUCAGAAUCGACAACGCUCGAUGAACUCGUUGCAAUAAGGGAUAAGAAUAUACGGUGCAUCAAUGAAAGCAACAAUGCGAUGAUCACCCUCCUGGAGGGCUACCGCACGCUAGCCAAUGACCAUAACUUUUUGAUGGCUCAGGAUCUGAAAAGACAGAAAGAGGAGAACGAUACGCUACGACGAGAGAACCAAAAACUGGCCUUGGAGCUCCAGACCACACGUUUAGCCCUGACGGAGGCGGCCCAGGUACGGGUGCGUACUUCGGGCGAGUGUAACGCUCUUUGCGGAACGGUCCAGAAGGUACAAGACGAGGUAAUAGCCACACAAUUAGCCCUUGAGACGGAGAAGGUCUUCGAGAGGGAGGACAGUCGGGGUUGCGGGCAUACUUUGGAUGAAGAUGACGCUUUGCAUACAACCGUGCAGAUGGCCCAAGACGAGCAACAAGUGACACAUUUAUCCCAGCAGCAGCAAGCCGACACUCGUGAUCAAGCAGACCAUGAUGAUCCACGUAUCCAGCAGCUAGAGAUUCGUCUCAAGAGUGAACAAGAAAAAAUGGAGGUCAUGACAAAGGACGCCGAGGAAAUGAUCGACUAUGUUCUGAGGCUGCAGAGAACCCACGUCAACCAAACUUCAGAGAUUAAGUCACUCUCCAAGGAAAAGGAGGAUUUGACAGUCACUAUCGAAGCACUACAGCGGCGUCUUUUGGCUGAGACGGAGAAAGUAGCAACCAUAGCCCGGGAAAAGGAGGAACUGCAAACAGCGUAUCAGUCGCGCUGCGAUGUGCAAGACAGUUUCCUUGCCGGGUUGAAGGAUAUGUCAGAUCGGCUGCGGUACUAG